CGUUAUAUUUCUUUGCUUACCAAAACACUCACCUUCGCUCUCUGUCUCUGUCUUCAUCUCGGCUAAGCUUCACCCUCUGUCUCUCUCUCCAUCUUGCCAAAAGCUUCGUAGCUUCACAUAAAAUACAAGUAGGAGGAACAAGAGAGGUGUAUAUACGGCGGGAAUAUACACAAAAUACUGAACAGAAGACCCAAGACACAAAAUACAGGGACAAGAGGAGAGUCUUCUGGCCACUAUCAAAUUUCAUGUUGUGUUGUUCUUUAGGUAUAUAUGAUUUUAUGUCUGACAUGGAGGUCCAAAGCUAACAUAAUAUUCGCAAAUGAGCAGACUUUCAUUGUGCUAUGACUGGAGAAUUUGGCAAUAGUUAUGUAUUCUGGGAGCUCUGCAAAGGUGCUUAGAAUAACAAUUAGUUGUUGGGUCGCUACUGCUACAAGGCAGCAUUGUUGGUCAUGUUAAUAUGCUGCUUUAUUCUUCUUGCUAGACGCAAGUUAAGAGUGGCUAUUCUGGGAGCUCUGCAAAGGUGCUUGGAAUAACAAUUAGUUGUUGGGUCGCUACUGCUACAAGGCAGCAUUGUUGGUUAUGUUAAUCUGCUGCUUUAUUCUUCUUGCUAGACGCCUGCUACCUAUCCAGGUUAAUGGAACACGAUGAGGAGCGUUGGAAAAAAUUCAAAGAAAACCAGUGGAAAAGUUUACGAGAUAUCACUACAAAAAAACAGGACAAAACCGACCGGCUAAAACCGACCGCCAAAAAAAAGUGUCGACUUAAAACCGACCAGACGAAAUCGGUCGGUUACGCCGCAGCACGACGUCGUUUUGCCUUGCUGGCAAGGCCAGACAUUUUAUAACCGACCAGAACAAGAGCGGUCAGUUUUACGGCUGACGUGUACGGAGCUUAACCGACCACACCGUCGGUCGGUUAUGUUUUUUUAAGAAAUUUAAUUGAUUUUUAAAUAAAUUAUGAGUUUGAACGACGACGUUUAAUCGCGAAACCCAAAACCGACCGCUGGCGGUCGUUUUUAUCCUAUUAUAUACAUAUAAUUUUUUUUAUUUAUGUGGAAAUUGGAUUACAUAAACUCGUCAGGGAAGGGGUUACGACGCCGUUUUGUUAUAAAUAUCAUAACCGACCGGCACCGGUCGGUUUUAAGUCGUAAUUUUGAUUAAUAUGAUUCUCCCCCACCAGUCUAUCUUCUUUUUCCCCAACUUAUUUUCUUCCUCUUCUCUUCCCAAAAAUCUCUCUCUCUCUCUCUCUACUCCCCUCUCUCUCUGUCUCUCCGCCAACUAACCUCUCCCUCUCCGCCAACAAAAUGCACAUGAAGAAUAUGGAUUUUAAACUCCGUUCGGUCUCGAUUGGAUUUUGGAUAUCAAUCUCGAUUAGGGUUCAAUCUCAAUUUAAAGGUAUAUCGAUCUCUCCCUCAGUUUCUCUUUAGCAUUUUGUGUAUGUAUAUAUGUGUUUUUGUAUGUAUGUAUAUAUAUGUUUCUUUAUGUAUAUGAUUUUGAAUUUGAGUUUGAUUUUGAAUUUGAGUUUGAUUUUGAUUUUUAGUUUCUCUUUAAUUGUUAAUGUUCUUUGAAUUCGAUUUUUAGUCGAGUUUGUAAGCAUGAAUGCAUGAUAAUGAAGAAGGAGUCCGUUUUUGAAGCAAAAUAUAUAAUCAUUUCAUUCAUAUUCAUAAUUAAGAACACCCAUAAACAUAUAUCUUUAUAAAUACUUAAAUAAAAUUCAUAAUAAAACACUUGAAAACAACUUUAACAACUUCAAAUCCCCGAAGGGCCCGCCUCGCCUUUGCCUUUGCCCGCCUUGUCCUCCUUGUCCUCGUCCUUCUUUUGUUGCUUCAACUUCGCGGUCAUCAUCCCCGCGAAGCGAAUCAUCCACUCUUGCUUGCGUAGCGCUGCCCGCCUUUCUUCCUCUAGCCGCUCCUGUUCGAGAUAGUGAUCCAUUUGCAUGAACAUGUGUACCUCUCGGUCGUGCGCAAUGUGCUCAAUGAGGUCCGUGCGAACCCCCUUCAAUUUCAGCGACAAAUGUCUGAAGAAGAGAUCGCGAAUUUUGCAAAAACCGCACUAGAGGCCUCCGAUCCAGCUGCCGAUCCAAGUACAAGGGUUCAAUGGAAUUCUAUGAUUGGUGGGGAGAUGGUACACAUUGUGGGGUCGAUGGUCGAGGAUAUACUCCUCAAAAUGGAAAGGAAGGUUGAAGAGGAAAAGGAACGCAGACUCGCAGCGGAGAAGGAUUAUACUGAUCCAGAGGAGCUGUCGGAGGAGGAACGCGGAGGACCCGAAGCCGGUGCUGAUGCGGGUGCCAAUGCUAGUGCUGCUUCGGGAGCGGAUGCUAGUGCUGCUUCCGGAGCGGGUGCUAGUGCCGCUGCGGAUGGAGCUGCUUCCGAUUCAGAUGUUACAUUAGAUUAGUUUGGCUUUUGAAUAUUUGUGUUUUGAAUAUUGUGUUUAAGUUGGAUUUGAAAUUUAGUUAAUGCUUGUGAAGGGCUUUUGGUUUGCCCUUGUAGACAAUUAUAAGUUUGAUGUUUGGGAUUGUAGUUAUGGUACAUUUUGUUGUUAUAUAUGGUGUUGUGGUUUAUGUUAUUUUGGAUAUUGUUGAUUGUUGGUUGUUGGUAGCAGGUAUGGCAGUAUAUAGAAACAGCAGGAAUAUUUGUUUUUGAUAGAAAACCCAGAAAACCGACCGACUGCAGACAAAACCGACCGCCAAAUACAUAACCGACCACAGUUACCAUUCAAAAAUGCCAGGAAACCGACCGAUUGCUUAUUACGCGGUCGGUUAUCUUUGGCAGACCGGUCGGUUAUAUACGGUCGGUUUUAAGCCCUGCAAGCGGUCUGCUCGUUAACCGACCAUAGCGUAUCGGUCGGUUAUGGGAAACCGACCGCUGACGGUCGGUUAUAAGGCCAUUCUUUUUAGUUUGACUUUUCUGGUCAAACGUUUAUAACCGACCACUUGCGGUCGGUUUUAUUGACCAGCCACAAAUUUGACUUUUUGGUCAAGAUAUUGUAACCGACCACAAACGGUCGGUUUUAGUGCCCCCAACAAAUUUGACUUUUUUGGUCAAUCGAUUAUAACCGACCACUACCGGUCGGUUAUACUAUUCUUAUAUCGAUUGACCAUAUUUUGGUCAAACAUUUAAACCGACCGACGGCGGUCGGUUUUAAUUUACACGUGGCUGUGGCGUCCACGUGGCUCCAGAUGGCAUUGCAGGGCCCAGGGUAGCGACUUUCUUAAAUAAGCAAAACCGACCGACACUUCGGUCGGUUUUCGUCUUUAAACCCGACCAAUUACUCAUAACCGACCAGGUUACAACCGACCAGCUACUCCGGUCGGUUUUAGUGUUAAAACCGACCGUUUAUGGGUUUAACCGACCGUUUUUGGCGGUCGGUUUUGCCCUGUUUUUUUGUAGUGUAUUGAAGAACAGGUAUUCUGCACAAUCUAUACUAUACUAUAAUAAGCCAACAUAGGUAUAUUUUGUAGUCCUACUUUUCCUUCACGUUUUUUGGUUUCGUUACUUUUCCAUGUUUUUUGGUUUUGCCUCAACACUAAUACUAUACUAAUGUAUUGAUGUUUACAAACCUUUACAAACCGAAUCCUACUAGGACACUCUCUCCCAACCCAACAGAGAUUGACUUUGUAGCCACAACCAAAUACACAGCCCUCUAUGCCAAAUACUACUCAGCCGGCUAAUUACAGCACCAUAGGCCGCUGUCUACCUCUUUAUCUCCUCGCCCCUGUGCGGCUUUUCAUUCCAUCUCUCAAAAGCUCCUGUGCUACUUUUCAUUCCAUCUCUCAAGAACACUACUUAAUUCAUCCCCCUGAAGGUAUGUUGUGCAAACAUAUAUAUAUGAAUAUGAGUUCUCUAUGUUCUAAAUAAGUAGCUUCCUUUGUUUUCCAUUGUUUAUUUAUCUUAAGUUCAGUAAUUUAGUUGCUUAUAAGGUUUGAUAAUUUCAUCUUUGUUGUGUUGAUGUGCGAACUGGAGACAUGUGUCAAACCUUCUGUGCCAAUUGCCAGUAAUUUAACUGUGGCUUAAUCAUAUCAUACCAUAUGGAUAACAUAAUCUUCGUAUUAAGGAUCCAAUUCUAAUAUAAGUUAAAAUCCCAAUCUGAGUUGAUUUUAUAUUUGUGAUAAUUAAGGUGUCUUAUUUUGUGCAUAAGUGUGUAUCAGUUUAUAUUUGUGAUAAAUAAGGUGUCUUGUUUUGUGCAUAAGUGUGUAUCAGUAACACUUUGACAACAUAAUGUAAAAAACACACAAGAGAUAGAGUUUCAGCAACAAGGUAAUUUAAUGUAAUGUAAUCAAGAGUCAGGUCUAAAUUAAGUUUAUACUAUACUGCAUCCAUAGUAGUGGAUUUCUGGAUUUAUUUUUCCUCUUCAUGUUAAUAUAUUCUGUAAUUUACCAGCGAAGAUUAUUUGUGGGUGCAAUGUUAACAGAAAUUAUAUGGAACGGACAACUGUAAUCUCAAAUUUUUUUAGCCGCCCCUCUUCCUUAAUUUACCAGUUUCAUUUUUUUUUAGAUUAUCAAACACCAAAAUUCAUCCUCUGGCUUCUGUUUUGAACAAAUUCUGUAAUCCCCAACACCCAUGUUUUUGUUUAGUUUUUGAGUAUAAAACCCCAGAAAUCAUCUGCUCUGUUUUUCUGACAUCAAGUGUCUACAAAAUUUGAAACAAUAGUCAGUUAGUUUAUUAUGUAACCUAGGAGUUUAAAGAAUUCUUAAUCAAACAACUCUGAUUUAGGAAGCUACACAUGUCAACAUCUGACUUAAAGUUGAAACCAACUUGCACAAUCUCCUUUUCCCAAGUCCACGUCUAUCCAAAAUUAUAUCAGCCUAAUUCUUUAAUUUCGUUAUUUAUUAUAGUCCAAAUUAAUAAAUGAAAUAUAAAGUCUUGCAAAUUUUAAAACUGAAUUUUCAGCUUUUUCUUAUUAUAUUCCUCUACAAAUUCUCAUCAAGAAUAUAAUUUCAGCGAAGUUGUAGUUAUAACUUUGGAAUCGCUAAAUUUAAAUUUGAAAUAUAUAUUUGGAAUUAGGAAAAUUGGAAAAGCAGGGUGUAAGAAAUUGAUUAAAUAAUUUCCAACUUAUCUUUUUAGAUUUGCUCAACUUAUCUGUGAUGACCCAUAGAAUCAUGCUCAAAUGAAUUGUCAAUUAUAUAGCUAAUCCACCAGUUUGUCGAGAUUGAAUGGUUUUGUUGUUAUACUUGAAUUUCACUCUAUAGAUAUAUUAUAGAUAUAUUAUAAUACUUAUGGGAUCAUAUUCUUAGAGGCAAUAGGUAAUAGUGACAAGAAUCCGCUGUUUGAUCCGGUACCACUGCAAUCCUGUAGUUUAUUGAUGGUCUUAUUUUGUUAGUUGACAUUUUCUAGCCAGAAUUAUGUUAUGCUUAUAGUAUUUUGCUUAUGCAUCUAGACUUUGCGUGUAAGAGUUUCAGAAUAACUCCUUCAGUUCACUUGGUCACAUGAAUGACAUUAUCAUUUUUGUAGACUAUGGAUUUCCAGUUUCCUGGUUACAAUAUUUUGUGGAUUGGCAAAGUGUGAAGAGUGAAUGCAUAUUUUGGAAUUUUCUUCUCAUCGACAAUUAUCUGUACUAGCAAGUAUAACAUUACCAGUGCUUUGUAGCAUUAAACAUCUGAAGCAUUCUCUAUUAUGAAGUCACCUUAAUCACUAGAUUUUCUGAUUUUUUUACUGUAAAGAUUUCUUUUUAAAAAAAUAUAUAAAUAAAUAUCUGCUACCUAUAUAUCAGAUGUCCAUUUCAGUUGAAGAAACAAAUCUUCCAUUUUGCUAAUAGACCAGAAGUUCUAUUGUUUUGCAGUCUCAAUAACUCUAAUUUUAAAACUAUUAAAUAUUGUAUAAGGCUACUAAUUUCCAUUGCAAGAUCAAUGCCCUCCCCGGAAAUGAUGAAAGCAGGCGCGAUCUCUGAUCACCACCUCACGGUGAUAAACCCCUGAAAAUAUUUCUGCAAACUUAUGGCAGUUAGCGCAGGUCCUCAAUAUCUGACUAAAUAUCUAAGUUAUUUAUCUUUUACACAGACGUUCACAGUGACUAGAUAGAUGUAUACUUUUAUUAUUAGGCUUCACUGCUCUCUGUCCAAUUAAUAGUCAGUAAUCAGUAGUACACACACUCUUCACUAACCCCAGGAUUAACAUUUUAAUCUUUAGAGUUUGCACUGCUCACUUCUCAUUUCUAUACUUCUUCAAAGUUCAAAUUAUUUGGCUGUUUGGGCGACCAGAAUUUCGAUUACUUGUUUUUCUUCUGCUUACUGCUCAGUGUUCAACAGAAGAAAUUUAGAUAAUGGCUUUCGCAUUUUAUAUCAUUUCUUUUAUUAUUAUUAUUUUGGUGAGAACUUCUGAGCACAUGACAGCAUGUACUUAUAAAACAGUAAGGUACUAUAAGUCUAUAAUGGCAUUUGAAGUUCGUAGCAAUAAAGCAUUUCACAUGACAAAUUUCGAUAAUUAAAGUGCUUCACCACUUGGUAAACAAAAUGUGAGUAGCAUUUUAUUCUAUUUACUAUUGUUUUUCGAAGAUAAGCUUAUGAUUUUUUUUUUGCUAUAUGCUUAUCAGUGUUGCCCAGAAGAACCAUCAUACCAAACUCUUUCAAGCUGACGGCGUCUGUGAGAAUGUUCUGCCUGGUACUAUUGUGGACACAAAGAUUGUGCAUCCUAGAAAUUAUGAUUUUUAAUUAUGUGCCCAGGCAGGGAUGAUUGGAACUUCUUGACCAGCUCACUAUCACGUCUUAGUUGACGAAAUUGGUUUCUCGCCUGAUGAUUUGCAGAAUCUAAUACAUUCACUAACCUAUGUGUAAGUUUUUAGAGCUCUUUUUUUCCCCUUUCUAAUAUUUUUUAAAUAUGAAAGUCUAUAUAGUGGCUCAAUGGGUUUUUUGAGCUUCUUGAGGUACCAAAGGAGUACUACUGCCAUCUCUAUAGGUUUCUGUUGAUUGUCAGCCAAAGGAGAACUAAAGGAUGAUGAAAAAGUGUCAAAAGUGCAACUAGGUGCCUUUUUUGCGGCAAAGACAAUCUGUGCUAAUGCUUUUCCGGAACCAACUCAAUGGAGUGAAGGAGAAAGGCGUGCAAUAAAUGCGUACUGGCCACACUUGGUUCGAGUCUUAUCUGCUGAUAUAAUAUUUGUUGCAGAUCCUGAAGGCUCAAUAAUGGGAACUGGUAACUCAAUUGGUCCAUCAUAUGUAGGUAAUGGUACAUCUGACAUGAGAUUGGUAGGUGCUCUUAGGGAAGUUUUAGCUGGGGGCCAUUUGGGUAUGAGGAUGUUCAAGGUCUUCUGCAUGAGGUUCUUCCACUGAACAGUGAGAACACAUCAGCAACUGAUUCAGAAUCUCUACUUUCAGCCUUCUUGAUAGGUCAACGUAUGAACAGGGAGACUGAUCCUGAGCUGAAAGCAUACUGCUUUGCAUUUGAUAAUGAACUUGGUCCAGUGCCAAUUGCAGAUGUUAUGUCAUUGACUCAUGCAUUACGGUGAACCGUAUGAUGAAAAUACUCAUUUCUCCAGGAUCACACUUUUUGUUGUUAUUAGAUCCUGUUAUAAUGAAGCGUCUUUGCUUCAUGAUGUGGAUUGGAUGCCACCAAAGGUAUUAUCUUCGUGUAGUAGUUCCUUUCGGUGGCUGCUAAUGCACUUGGAGUAUAGUGCUUGAUAUUCGAGAAUGCCCAAAGUUGUUUACUGAGUAAAAGGCAAUAGCUUAAUAAAUAUAUUUCACGGUUAUGUUGUUUCUAUAUCUGCUAAGUGUUACAAAGUACCAUAUACAUCAUAGUGCUUUGUUGUUCUUUGGCACCAUUAAGUGUGUCAAGUUGCAUUUUCUGCACUUAGAAACUUUGGAACUGACCAUGGUGACUCAUAGGAUGCAAAAUUAUUUCACCAUUUCUCUGUGAUGAGCCUAAAAUGAUAGAUGUAGAUUUGUAUAUUUUUUUGAGUAGUGUAUUCUGUUAUGCAGAUAGAAUUCAGUAUCAAUGGAUCUCAUUUAUUGUAUUUU